GCGUGGUAAUAUAGUUAUCCGCGAAUUAUCCGAAUGUUCCAUACAUACUUCAAGUCGUUUUAUUCCAUCAACCGCAUGUUGGUUGUGAAAUGUCCGAUCUUCGGAUUCACUUUUGAACUUCGACCCAAAUCCCGAGCGAGUUCCAUCAUGACCAGCACUGGCCUUCGAACCAUCCGUCCUGAAGAUGUCCGCGCGUUCGCGUAUGACCCCGUGGAGCCCCUUGCCCUUGAGCAAGCACGUAGCAUUGUCAACGACGUGAAAGCACGUGGGGAAACCGCAGUGCGAGAACAUGCCGUGCGACUAGGCGACCUGCCAUCGACGUCAGCGCCGUUGGUGUACUCCCGCGACGACAUGAAAACAGCGUUUGAAUCCUUGUCCAUUGGCGAGCAAAAGUUGCUGGAGCGCACGAAGCAGCGUAUCGAAGCGUUUGCCAUCGCCCAGCGCGCGUCGAUCCAGAGUUUUUCGCGCGCGAUUCCGGGGGGUCAAGCGGGCCAAGACGUGUCGCCCAUGCAAGUCGCAGGGUGCUACGCUCCUGGUGGCAGAUACCCCUUGCCUUCGUCCGUGCUUAUGACGGCGUUGACUGCGCGAGUGGCGGGCGUAUCGACUGUGAUCGUCGCGUCUCCCCGUCCCGCCGUCGCGACGUUGGCUGCUGCGUACAUUUCCAACGCGGACCUGCUCUUGGCCGUCGGUGGCGCGCAAGCCGUUGCCGCGCUCGCGUACGGUCUAGAUGGCACCGGCAUCUCCGCGUGCGACAUCAUUGUCGGUCCUGGCAACAAAUGGGUCACGGCCGCCAAGUCCCUCGUCUACGGCAAGUGCGCGAUUGACAUGUUGGCCGGGCCGUCGGAAUGCCUCGUCGUCGCCGACGCGUCCGCGGUGGUCCAUGCUGCGACCAUCGCGGCCGAUCUCCUCGCGCAGGCUGAACACGACACCGCCGCCGUCCCAAUCCUCGUCACCGACUCGACGGCACUUCUGGACGCCGUGAAUGCCGCCAUCAUCGACCAGCUAACGACCCUCCCUACGGCGGACACAGCGGCUGUGAGCGUGGCCAAGGGGUUCGCGGUCCUCUGUCCGACGCUCGACAGCUGCGUGGACGUGGCCAAUGUACUGGCGGCGGAACACGUCGAGAUCAUGACUGCCGACUCGCAGGCGGUGGCCGACCGCAUCCAGCACUAUGGGGGGCUGUUUAUCGGUUCCAGAGCCGCCGAAGUGCUGGGGGACUACGGCGUCGGACCCAACCACGUCCUUCCCACAGGCGGCACGGCGCGGUACACGGGUGGUCUGUCUGUGCACACGUUUCUGCGCAUUCGCACGUGGAUGCGAAUCGACGAUGGCCCGUUGUCCCAGGAAGCCGUGGCGGAUGCCGUGCAGUUGGCGAGGGUCGAAGGGCUGGAAGGGCAUGCACGUGCAGCGGAGCGCCGAUUGUUGUAGAAACGCAAGUGUAAAAAAAUAAUAGUGAUUGCUUGUAUGGACAGAAUUAAGAGUCAGACAAGAGGAAGGAUCUGGCGGAGGGUGGCCGUCUCGGUGGGAAACAAGUACGCAACGAGGUCGAGGACGUUGAGCCCGUAAUCGCGCCAUGCAAAGUAACACAUGAGCAUGAAGAAGCUGAAAUACACGACACGAUCGGCUCGAGCCAUGUAGUUGACUCGCGGUGUCGGGGAGAUGCCGUUUAACGUGUCGCGCUUGGCCUGCGCGACGAGAUCACGGAUUUUGGACUCUUCAAGACCUAGCAAUUCCUGGAGUUUAUCGACACGGAGGGCACUUGCGGCUUUUUCAACCUCAAUUGCAUCUUGGUGCCGCCGGUGCAAUGUCUUUGACGAAGUUGGAGGAACUGGUAUCUCAUCCAUGAUGUCGCCGGCCUCGUCCUCAACGGAUGCAGGAGCAUCAUCUUCCUGCUUGAUGGAGUAGUCAAAGGGCUCCCCAGGGAAGUAGCUGAGUACGAGAAUGACCAAGCCACCGAGACCGACACCAAGGGCGAUGCUUGCCGCGGACGACAGGUCGAUGUCGUUCUGCAUUCUGUUUGCGGAAUAUUGC